CGGCGGCGGAAUAGUCGGCGCUCUCUAGGAACACGAGCCCCUCUUGCUAGUCUCGUUCAGCUUUUUGAAUUCUUGACAAGUUUUUCUCACCGCAACCAAGAAUCAUGGUGCUCGUCACUCCGAUCGAUGCCGAUCACGCGGAUCUCAUCCACGACGUUGCUUUCGAUUUUUACGGUAGGCGGCUCGCUACCUGCUCGUCAGACCAAAAUGUGAAAAUCUUCGAUCUGCAAGCCGAUGGUAACUGGCGAUGCAGCGCUAUCUUCAAAACACACUCAGGCAGUGUCUGGAAAGUCACUUGGGCUCAUCCUGAGUUCGGGCAGGUCGUUGCGACGUGCUCCCACGAUAGGACAGCGGCUAUUUGGGAGGAGUCCCCGAACGGUAAAUGGUCGCGGAAGGCGAACAUUGUCUGCGCCCAGGCAACUCUUAAAGACAUCAAAUUCGCCCCGAAACAUCUCGGCUUGCAGCUGGCAACCUGUUCCGAGGACUCUCGAGUCCGGAUCUAUGAGGCUCCCGAUGUCAUGAAUCUGUCGACAUGGCCUCUCCAGGGUGACAUUGACUGCAAGAUGCCUCUCAGUUGUCUCACAUGGCACUCGAAUGCGAAUCCCCCGCUCCUCGCGAUCGGUAGCGAUGACACGACCAACAACUCGUCGGCGAAGGUCCAUUUUUACGAAUACAAUGAAGGAACCAGAACCUGGACUCGUCUCGAUUCAGUAUGCGUCACGGAUCCCGUGCACGAUAUGGCAUUCGCGCCUAAUAUGGGUCGGAGCUUCGAUCUUGUGGGUAUUGCGUCCAAGGACGUCAAACUCAUUUCCGUGACGAGGAGCAGCAGUGGUCAGAUGGAAACGAGGAUGAUUGGCGAGUUCAGUGAACAUAACAAUCAUGUCUGGAGAAUCUCGUGGAAUAUUUUCGGGACGGUUCUCGCCACCUCCGGCAAUGAUGGAUACGUUCGAUUGUGGAAAUCGAACUAUGCUCAACAGUGGAAAUGUAUCGUGACAGUGAACGGUUCCGGACAACAAGUUGACACAGAGAGCGGCUUCGUUCACGCCGGCAACUCGAUAGCCUACUCUAACGCAGCUCUCAGUAAACCAGUGUCUUUGCAGUACUAGAAAUCUCUUGCGGUUCGCGUUGCGAAUGAUGCCCU